CGUCCAAUCACAACUCUUUAUCCAAAUAAACCAAACCUAACAGUAAGCUUCUUCUUUAUCUUCCCAUCUGCUGGAAAAUAAAACCUAAUAGGCUAAAUACCGUGUAAUAAUUCGGACCCUCUGGAUCCGAACUACAAUUUAUCUCAAUUUUCAACCCAAAUCUACCCGGUCCUAUCUGUUAAUCCUUAAUCGAAAUGGCACGCCGAUGCUCGCAUUGCAGCCACAAUGGCCACAACUCUCGGACAUGUCCCAACCGUGGUGUCAAGCUCUUUGGAGUCCGACUAACCGAUGGUUCCAUCCGAAAGAGUGCUAGUAUGGGCAAUCUUAGCCACUACACUGGCUCCAAUUUAAGUCAGAACAAUCUUAACGGGUCAAACCCGGAUGCUUCACCCGGUGAGACGCUGGAUCAUGCUGACGGGUACGCCUCCGAGGACUUCGUUCCCGGCUCGUCAUCCAGUCGUGAACGAAAGAAAGGAGUUCCGUGGACAGAGGAAGAGCAUAGGAUGUUUCUCCUAGGUCUACAGAAGCUUGGCAAAGGUGAUUGGCGCGGAAUUGCACGUAAUUAUGUUGUAUCAAGAACACCAACACAAGUGGCUAGCCAUGCUCAAAAAUAUUUUAUCAGGCAAAGCAAUGUUUCCAGGAGAAAAAGACGCUCCAGCCUGUUUGACAUUGUUCCCAAUGAAACAGUGGACAGUGCAGUGUUAUCGCAGGACCUUUCCUCUGCCAACCAUCCUCAGGCUGAAAUACAAAGCAAUAACCCACUACCGGCUGUUCCUGUGGUAGACGAAGAAUGUGAAUCAAUGGAUUCUACCAACUCCAAUGAUGGAGAGCCUGCCCCUUCAAAGCCAGAAAGCUCACAGUCUUCUUUUCCAGUAAUAUAUACUGCUUAUGUCUCACCGUUCUUUCCAUUUUCUUUUCCUUUUUGGUCUGGGUAUAAUACAGAGCCAACUAAGAAGGAAACACAUGAAGUGCUCAAGCCGACAGCAAUACAUUCAAAGAGCCCUAUAAAUGUUGAUGAACUGGUUGGCAUGUCAAAACUGAGUUUAGGAGAAUCUAUUGGUCAGACUGGUCCAUCUUCCCUUUCAAUGAAACUUCUUGAAGGGUCAUCUAGACAAUCAGCUUUCCAUCCUAAACCAGCCACUGGCAAUUCUAGCAUGAAUUCAAGUAGCAGUCCUAUCCAUGCAGUUUAAGGGCAGCUUUGCUGAGGUUGAUAUCUAUAUUAGCUCCAUGCUAGUGAGCUCUACAGAUGAAUGUUAAUACAAGACUGAUAAUGUGUGGCCAGAUUUCGGUUGAGUCAUAUUUCUUUGUGGAAUUACCUUAAUAAGAUUUUUCUUGUAGUUUGGAUAACUCAUUCCAUAGCUUGUAGGUUGUAGCAUAUGCUCAGAAAUUACUUGAAUAUUUACAAUUUGCGUUUUCUUGCA